AUGACCCCUCCAACGAGCGGCUCUGAGACGCAGCAAGAGACGGAGUUCAUUCCCAGGGCGAGCCCGGAGCGGCUCGACUGGCUCCGGCAAUCUUUGCGGAAUUGGCGUACGCCAGCGCAAAGAGAUUUUAUAUUCUCCAAGGUUACUGAGGCAGAGUUCUGGGAGCCUAUGCAGGUGCCCCAGCUUGGUGUUAACGUUAUUUUGAAUCAUAUAGAAGCAUUUUCGGAGGAGCAACAGAAGUUGCUGAAGGAUCGGUCUCGAUAUCCCAUGCGGCUCCUUGCUGGUGCUCGUAGUACUAGCAGAGCACCCUCGGUGACAGGCUCUGAGAAGAGCCGGGAGACUCGACGUAGGAAGGUUCACAGGAUUGGUAGUCUUGUCAGCUCUGGCGGGUACAUCACUGUUGGAUCAAGUCGGAGGGUUCACACUGGCUCGAAAGAAGAACGUUCCCGAGGAAGGGCGUUGAAAAGAAAAGUGAGGGAACAGCAGAUACAGAAGAAAGCAGAAGUUGCAUCGAAGGCGCCUAAGACGACCGAAGGCUCCGUCAAGUCAAGCGUCGAGGCCGAGGGUAUGAGUACGCCUGUUAACGUGGACGAUGACGAGCCUGCAGAGUCGGUUGUAAGGUCACCUGUGGGCAGUCCUAGUCUUGAGGUUGACUAUUCUGUUGACUCCCCUGUUCUGGUUUGUCCCACGGUACCACGUGACGAGAAGUCCGUCGACCCUCCACCGGUGGAGGAAAAGGACUGUGAGAAUUCAACAGAGAUGGCGGAUGCGCCUCCUGGUGAUGAGGAUCCGAGAGAAGUUAUCUCGGAGAAGAAGCGAGCAGUUCUCGCAAAGAAGCAAGAGCUGCUGCAGAAGCAGAUAGAUCUGCAGAAACUGAUACUUCGACGAAGACGCGAGAGUUCUCCGCUCGCUCAUGCUGUUCAACCACGGCCCAAGCCUGCUUUACCUCCUCGGGGGCCACCCCGAAUCAGGAAGCAAAGGACAAAGGGAGUGAAGGAAAGUGGUGGUGUAAGUCCGGAAGAAGCUUUGAGGCGAGUUCGGGAGUUGAAAAACGCUGUGGGUGCUCCCAAAGAAAAAGCUCCUAGUGAGAUGUCAGAGUUGGAUAAGUUUGAAAAAUGUAAAGCAGAGGUGAUGGCUAAGAAGAAGCAGGCAAGCGAAGAGAAAUUGGCAGCAGCGGAAGCUGAGGAAUCCCCGGCGAUUAACUUGGGAGAAACACUCGAGGAUGGAGGAUCGCCCGCUGGCAGUUCGGAGAAAGAAGAGCCGUGGUUUGUGAAAGUGCGGUCAUUGCCGCCUAGCAGCCCGGUGGCGGGGGAAGUCUCGGCCGCGGAAAGAGAGAAGAAGUUGAUCGGGAUUGUCUUGCAGGAGCGUUACAAAGGGUCAAGCGGCAACUCGGACAUCUUCGGUGAUGCUGAAGACUCGGACAAGGAGGACGUUUUCAAAGCGCCGGAUGUCACGCCUUCGCCUCCUCAAGCUUCCAUCGCUGAUGACGAUGACCUUGACAUGGACGAGAAUGAGUUUUUACGACUUGAUUAUUCUGACAACUAG